AUUGAAAAUUAAUAGCCGAGGAUAUCCGCAAGAUGGCCGCGCUCAUGACUCGCCGUGGUCUGAUUAGACAUUUGGGUGAUUUGAACAAAGUUCUCUCUUGUCAGGUCAAAGAUUUAUCAUAUUGUAGAAGAAAAUAUACUUUGUCUGUUAUUGACAGGCAUUUCAAUUCAAAACUUCUUUUUAAUACCUGUAUAAUACCAUCAACAAGACAUUUUUGCGACCGAGUAGGUCAGGAACACAAGAGGUCAACUGGAUCUGAUGAAACUAACACCGAUGGCAAAGAAAAGACUGAUGAGAAAGCUGACAAAGAAAAAGCUGCCAAAGCAAAAUUUUGGAAGAAACUUAUGAUUGGUGGUGUUGUUGUAUGGAUUUCUUGUGCAUCUUCCUUGGCAGUAUUGGAGUUAGGAAAACCUAUAGAAGAUGCUGAUGGUCACCCAAUUGAAGAUGCUUACUCCAAAUAUAAUGUGUUAUAUGCAUACUUGAUGAGAACUUACAGAGAAAUAUUUUUUCAAGUAAAAAUUACCCAGGAGCCAUCCAGACAGAAGUUGUUACCUGAUCCACUAACAUACCCUUAUAUUCAGCCACCAUAUACUCUAGUGAUAGAACUUACUGAUGUUCUUGUUCAUCCUGAAUGGACUUAUAAAACAGGCUGGAGAUUUAAGAAACGUCCAGGGAUUGACUAUUUCCUUCGAGCUGUUGGCCCUCCUACUUUUGAAGUGGUUAUUUUUACAAAAGAGUCUGGAAUGACAGCUGAUCCAAUUAUAACAAAGAUUGAUCACGAAAACUUUAUCAUGUACAGAUUAUAUAGAGAUGCUACACGGUACCAAGAUGGAGAACAUAUAAAGGAUCUGAAUUGUUUAAAUCGUGAUUUGUCCCGAGUAAUAAUGAUAGAUUGGAACAAAGACGCCUACAAACUCAACAAGGACAAUGGGUUUCAUAUGGAGAAAUGGUCAGGAGAUAUGAAUGAUACAGCUCUUGGUGAACUUGCAGAAUUCCUCAGAGCAAUAGCUGUUAGUAAAGUAGAUGAUGUGAGACCAGUUCUCCAGUAUUACAGCCAGUUUGAUAAUCCAUUAGAAAAGUUCCAUGAAAAUCAGGCUAAACUCAAGGCAGAGCAAGAAAAACAAGCCCAAUUACAACAGACACGUGAUGCGAAAAGUGUGACCGGAUUAUGGAACAAGUUGAGGAGAUGAAACAUUUCACUAAAUAUGACAGACAAUUUGAGUGUCGUAAUAAAACAUUUAAAUGUUGUUAUAAACAUUAUAAAUGACAAUUUGAUUUUGUGAUGCACUGGAAAACAGUCAACAUAAAGAAGCUCUUGAGAAAUAGAAAAUAUAUUAUUUCGUGCAGGCAGUGAUUAUUUACUAGAUCUAUUUAUAGACAUAUACUGUAUAAACUUGCCUAGAGGACAGUUUCUUUUUAAAAAUAAUAACGUUUUUUUUAAUAUAAAAUUUAAAUUUAACAAUAAAAUCAAAUUUACCGUAAUAUAAGGUGAGGUAUGAUUAGCACUACAUUUAGCAGUAAACUUAACACUUGAAUCAGAAGUAUAUAAUUCCUGUGAUCUGCCAAGAUGAGAAGUAUAUGGUAUGUGUAUAUUUUUGACAGACAACAAGAAAAUCAUGGGUGUUUUACUUUCAAUAUAAAAGUGAAAAACGACACUGUCUGAUAGCACUAUGAAUUAUAUGAUAAAGUUUGACUGGUUGAUAAUAUCAAUCUAACUUUAUAAGCUACCUGGGAAAAAAAAUCAGGAGCAAAUACGUUUUUGUUUUGUCUUCGUGUUCCAUCCUGGUUUCCCUCAGUAACUUCAUUUAUAGACUGAUAUCUCCCAUAUUUGGUAGGUAUAUACUUGUAUGGUCUUCUAACUUAUGGUGAAGUGUGGAUUACUAGUGUCAAGAUCAUUUGUGUUAAAAAUAGAUCCUUACACUUGCUAUUACACCCAUAAUUUAUUUAACAAUGUCUUAUAUUUCAUAAGAGCAUACCUUGGUGGUUUCUGUAUUUGAUGCAAGUUUUUGGUCAAGGGCAAGGUCAGUGAAACUAAAAAUAAAACUUUUCUAGAAGUAGAAGUACAUAUUCCUAUGUACAUGUAUUUUGCAUUGAAAUAACAAAGAUGCAAGUUUGGGGAGCAUUCAUCUUUUUUGCAAUACAUCUCGUUUU